AUGGAUCCUUCCUGGCUACUUCAUACUGACCAUGGAAAAGCACGAGAUCUGACACUCGAGGCGGCCCAGGCCAUCGGUCUGUCGAAAGCGCUGAAAGGGGGAAGCUCUUCAUCUCGCAGUAUUCCUUUCGCAAAGUUGAAAGGUCUCCUCGACAGUCGAAGUGACCGUGAUAUCCUGGAGGGCUUAAGAAAAGUCAUUGCUAUGAUCUAUCAGAAUAAGCCAUGCUUGCCAUACUUCUCCUCGGUGGUGAAAAAUGUCGCCAACCCAAACAUCGAGAUCAAGAAACUGGUUUACAUCUACUUACUCCACUACGCCGAAUCCGACCCUGAUCUGGCUCUACUCUCGGUCAACGCUAUCCAAAAGUCCUUGACGGAUCAGAGCCCACAAGUUCGUGCCCUGGCUCUUCGGACAAUGUCAGGAAUGAGGGUUCCGGUUAUCAGCCAAAUUGUGUCCUUGGCCAUCAAGCGUGGUGCCGGUGACAUGAGCCCUCAUGUUCGAAAAGCUGCUGCCUUGGCGAUACCCAAGUGCUAUAACCUUGACCCAAACACACUACCGCAAUUACUGGAAUAUUUAUCCAUCUUAUUAGGUGACAAGCAGUAUUUCGUAGUUGGACCUGCGGUCCAGACAUUUCUCCAGCUAUGCCCCGAUCGCAUCGACUUGAUUCACAAGCACUACAGGAGUUUGGUGAAAAAGUUGGUCGAUAUGGAUGAAUGGAGCCAACUCGCAACACUGAGACUGCUGUUAUCCUACAGCCGCCAAUGCUUUCCCCAGAAAACUCACAGAGUCACCAAAGUCAAUAAGAAAGGUUUCUACGACGAUGAGCCUGAUGAGGAAGUGGAAACUGGUGACGUAGUCCGAAUCUUGGAUCCAGACUUGGAGCUACUCUUGAAAGCAUGUCAAAGCCUGUUGCAUAGCCGGAGUACCGCUGUCAUCAUCUCAGUGACGAGUUGUUUCCUGUAUCUCGGCACGACAGAAUAUCUCAAGCAAGCUGUGGGACCUUUGAUUGGGCUUUUGCAUAGUCCCCCCGAGAUUGAGGAGGUCGCUUUGUGCAAUAUCGUGCUGAUCUCGCUAUCUGCACCUCAAUUGUUUGUUCCGUACACUUCGCACUUCCUACUCCGGGCACAAGAUCCGCCUCAGAUCUGGAAGCUGAAGAUUGAAAUGUUGACACUAGUCUUUCCUCAUACAGCCCUGCACCUCAAAUCGAUCAUACUGAGCGAAUUGGAGCAUUUCUCCCAUAGCUCCAACAUUGAUCUAAUCCAGGAAUCCGUCAAAGCGAUAGGUCGUUGCGCACAGGCUGAUCCGGACAACGCUCACCGAUGCUUUCGAGUUCUGCUGAAUCAGAUAUCCAGCUUCGAUAAUGUCCUCGUAUCCGAGGUCCUCACGGUAAUCCGACACCUAAUUCAGCAAGAUCCAACCUCUCACAGGAAGACAGUAGUGAGACUGGCACGAAACCUGGACAAAACAACAAGUCCUGAGGCUCGAGCCACCAUCAUCUGGUUGGUUGGCGAGUUUGCGAACCUUGACCCAGACAAUAAUAUCGCACCGGACGUACUCCGGAUCCUUGCCAAAGGCUUUGCUGACGAGAGUGAACCGGCAAAACAACAGAUUGUUCUUCUGGCUGCCAAGGUGUAUCUAUUGUUCUUGCAACAGGUAAUGACCAAGAAGUCGACAGCCACGGACACCAGUUCGACAGAACAAGCUGAGGAUAACAAUGGCUUUCAAGAACCAUCCUCAACCUUUUUGAUACCCGAUGACCACCCUAUCCCAAAACUGUGGAACUACAUCCAACUCCUCGCGCGCUACGAUACCUCAUACGACCUGCGCGAUCGCGCCAGACUUUUCAAAGCACUUCUCGCCAACCCCGACUCCACACAACUAGCAUCACUCCUCCUUCUUGCACCGAAACCCGUCCCACAUGCCCCCUCCCCCUCAGAGUCACGUAAAGGUCUCUUGAUCGGCAGCACAACCCUCGUCUUAGGAAAGGACACAGCCGGGAUUCUCGGCCUCCCCGGGUACGAGGGAAUGCCUGAGUGGGUUCAAGAGGGACAGGAGCCCGACCUGAAAUUGCGAGAUGCUGUUGAUGGGGCGGAGAAAGCGGAGUACGUAUCUGUUGCGAACAGGACUGCGACGACCGUCGCGGCGAGUCGCAGGCUUGACGAGGCUGUAAGAGAACAGGGUUUGGAGAAAGUCGUUGCUGCUGGAUCUACCAAAAAUGCAAAACCACGUACUCUCGAUGAUUGGUUGGCGGAAAGUGAGGAGGAAGAGGAAACCGAGGAGGAAAGUGAAAGUGAAGAGGACGAGGAAGAGGAAGAGGGAUCUACGGAUGAAGAAGGCGAAAGCGACGAGGGCGAAACGGAAGAUAGCGAGGAUGAGAAGGCGGUCCGUAGAGGUCUUAUGGCAUAG